CCUCAGAAUCACUGUUGUGAGCAGGAGUCGACUGGAACUUGACAUUUUAUACCGGAUUGCGAUUCAAUAGAAUCUUUCGGAAUGAAUAAAGCAAUCUGUAUUAUUUUGCUCUUGACCGUAGGGCUCUAUUUCUGCGAAGGAGUGGAUCCUUGCUGUGCACAACCAUGUGAAAAUAGGGGGCUAUGUAAUUCAAAAGGCUUUGACGACUAUGAGUGUGACUGCACAAGGACAGGAUAUUAUGGAAAGAACUGCACAACUCCUGAAUUCCUAACAUGGAUAAAAAUAUCAUUGAAACCAGCCCCGAACACUAUGCACUACAUCCUUACUCACUACAAAGGGGUGUGGAACGUCAUCAACAAGAUCACUUUUGUGAGAAAUGCUAUAAUGAGCUAUGUCCUGACAUCCCGCUCACAUUUGGUGGACAGCCCCCCGACUUACAAUGCUGAUUAUGGCUACAAGAGCUGGGAGGCCUACUCCAACCUGUCUUACUACACACGGACCCUCCCCCCAGUGCCAAAGGACUGCCCUACACCUAUGGGAACCGCAGGAAGAGCAGUGCUUCCAGAUGCCAAGCUUGUGGUGGAGAAGGUUAUGUUGAGGAAGCGGUUCAUUCCUGAUCCUCAGGGUUCCAAUCUCAUGUUCGCCUUCUUCGCCCAGCACUUCACCCACCAGUUCUUCAAAUCAGACUUCAAGAAAGGACCAGCUUUCACCAAAGCCUUGGGCCAUGGCGUGGACUUAAACCAUGUCUAUGGAGACACUCUGGAGAGACAGCACAAGCUGAGGCUGUUCAAGGAUGGCAAACUGAAGUAUCAAGUUGUGAAUGGCGAGGUCUACCCCCCAUUGGUAAGGGAGGUUGGGGCCGAGAUGCAUUACCCACCCCACGUGCCUGAGGAGCACCGCUUCGCUGUGGGCCACGAGCAUUUCGGCUUGGUCCCCGGCCUCAUGAUGUAUGCCACCAUCUGGCUGCGCGAGCACAACCGUGUCUGUGGCAUCAUGAGGCAGGAGCAUCCCGAAUGGGACGACGAACGCAUCUUCCAGACCACACGCCUCAUUCUAAUUGGCGAGACCAUUAAGAUCGUGAUCGAGGACUACGUCCAGCACCUGAGUGGCUACCACUUUCAGCUCAAGUUCAACCCAGAGCUCCUCUUCAACCAGCGCUUCCAGUACCAGAACCGUAUCGCAGCCGAGUUCAAUACCCUGUACCACUGGCACCCACUGAUGCCUGACACCUUCAACAUCGAGGACCGCGCCUACACCUACCCCCAGUUUGUCUUCAACAACUCCCUGGUCACAGACCAUGGCAUCAACAACCUGGUGGAGUCGUUCACCAAGCAGAUCGCUGGAAGGGUGGCUGGUGGACGGAACCUGCCUCCUGCAUUAGUGGGCAUGGCAGCUAAGGCCUUGGAGCACAGCAGAGACAUGCGUUACCAGUCCCUCAACGCCUACAGGAAACGCUUCAACAUGAGGGCCUACACCUCCUUUGAGGACCUCACAGGAGAGACAGAGCUGGCUGCAGAGCUAGAGACUCUAUAUGGGGACGUAGAUGCUGUGGAGCUGUACCCAGGCCUUCUGGUGGAGCGCCCCAGACCUAACUCUGUUUUCGGGGAGACUAUGGUCGAGAUGGGUGCCCCCUACUCCCUGAAAGGUCUCCUGGGAAACCCCAUUUGCUCGCCGGAAUACUGGAUGCCCAGCACGUUCGGUGGGAGUGUGGGCUUUGACAUCGUCAACACUGCUUCAUUGGAGAGGCUGGUGUGCAGCAAUGUCAAGGGUUCUUGUCCGAUGGUGUCCUUUCAAGUGCCUGAAUUUUUGAGAGCAUUUGAGUCGGCGUCAGUCAACACAAGUGAGGCACACAUGAAUGACAUGAACCCAGGUGUUCUGUUCAAAGAAAGUUCUUCAGAGCUUUAAAGAACUAAAGCUCCAGGUUUUAUUCAAAUACACAUACACAAAUACACAGUGUCUCAGUGUUCUAAAGCUGCUCUCAUUUUAGGUUGUUUUACUCUAUUUAGUUAUUUAUUUAUUGUUGAUUAAUUUAUGUAUUUAAUAUUUAUUUUGUAUUGUUGAAUAUUGAGUUGUUAUGAAGUUAAGUAAUUAUUACAUUUUUAAAUAUGGAUACCAGUUACUAAUGUCUUACAUGAACAAAAGCAAGUUAGUUUACUCUGUAUACCAUGUGGCACUUGAAGAAGUUACAUUUACUUGAAGCAAUGAACUAUCAGAAAUACUUGUAUGUUGUUUAGUGUCUGUCUAGAAUUUGAGCUACUGAAGGGAAAAUCAGCUGGGCUGUAUCUGUCAGUAAUUUUUUGUUAUUUUUAAGACCAAGACAAUGUUAUUACAAAUGGAUGAAGUGAAUAUUUGUGAGACUGUAUUAUGACAAACUGACAUGAAUAAAUGCAAAUGAAUCAAACUAAAACAUUUAUCAUCUUGAUAAAUUGAUUGUCUUUUAAUGUUUUCUCAAGUGCCAAACCAUUUUAAUUGGAAUGUAAAUUAUGACUUUCAUAACAUUAAAGGGCAAUCUGCAGUUGAAACAACAACAAACCGGCCACCCCACCCCUGUUUUUGGUAAACAGCUGAGGGAUGGGGCUGGAGGAUAUAUACAGUGUCUUCAGAAAG